AUGGGAACGUGCGGACAACGGCCGCUCUUAGACAGCAUCUUGGGCUCCCGGAUCGUAGGGGGACAGAACGCUCCGAUCGGAGCGUGGCCAUGGUCAGUCAGUCUCCAGGUCCACCAAACUGGUAAACAGUUCGCACACAUUUGUGGUGGAGUUUUAGUUAAUGAGAAUUCAGUACUCACCGCUGCCCACUGCGUUACCGGAAGGAAGGACCCGCAUUCCUGGAGAGCUGUUCUGGGCAUGCACAACCUGUGGGAACACGGCAAACACAUCGAAAAAAGAAAUAUCGCAAGCAUCACCGUGCACCCAGAAUUCAAGAAAGAAACGUUUGAGAACGACCUUGCAUUAUUUGAACUCCACCCCGCAGUCCGCUACAGCGACUACAUCCAGCCGAUCUGCUUACCUCCCGCCCAGCUGCACCCACCCCUCGACAACCACACGGAAUGCUUGAUCAGCGGCUGGGGACGAACAGCAGAAAAAGGUAAAAUUUCGGCUGUGUUAAAAGAAGCACAAGUGGAAAUCAUUCCUACCAGAGUCUGCAACAGUUCGGCUGCGUACGGAGGUCUGGUUACCCCCAACAUGAUCUGUGCUGGCUCUUGGUCAGGAGGCAUCGACACCUGUCAGGGGGACAGCGGCGGCCCUCUAGCGUGCUAUCACCUGAGUACCAACAGGUACUACCUCCUAGGGAUUGCCAGCUUCGGAUUCGGCUGUGCCCGACCAAAGUUUCCGGGGAUCUACGUCCGUUUAUCUCCGUACAGACGAUGGAUAGAAUCUGAACUUCUGCUGAGUAAGGCGGCCGCGGGGCCCAGGAGCGUGACCCUGACCAUCCCUCUGACCGUGCUGUGUGCAGUACUUGCGCAGGCGUUCUGA